CUAGACAGACAGCCAGGAAGUGAAAAAUUUCUUGACAGCAAAGGAAUCGUACAGAAGAAAAAAAAAGUCGCAAGUGCAAAAAAGAAGGGAAAAAGUCAAGUGAUGUGAAACGAAAAUCCUGCUCCAGCAGAAGAGCCACACCACAUAUAGUGGUACACGGGUAAAGUAGGCUUUUCUCUCGUGCCUCUCUCUCUGGUGGUGAGCUGUGUGGUUAUGUCAGCUUGUGUAAAUAUCUGAGCUAGUGGUUGUGCCAACGGAGCCUAACACCCGCCUGUUUACGAAUGUAGGCGUUUAUCCAACCAGUGCCAUAUAAUAAAUGCUUAGUGUCGUUGCUGUGUGCGUGGUGUGUUUGUAAACUAACCGCUCUACGACGGUGGCCCCGGAAGAUAAGAAGUGCUUCGCAUAGGGUUCCCUUCAUACGAAGGAAUUCCACGGUGUACAAGAAUAUAAUAAUAAUUAUACACAACUUGUUUCCGAGCAAGUGUCGCUUGCACGGAGCUGCGUGAGGUGCGAUACCUGUUUGUGGUGUGCUAAUUCGCGGUGAGAUCGUCGCGUUUUGGGCUUCCGUGGGAAGUGUGUUUGAUAUAGUAGAGAGAAAAAAAAUCAACUUCCCAGCAAGUGGGCGAAAGUGCGUGUGGCCCAACCAUGGAGAUGGAGCCACGGGUGGCGAUUCUGCAGGAUCUUAAGAUCCAAUCCUUCGACAGUAUCCGCUUCGCCUCGUACCGAACUGCCUGCAAACUCCGAUAUGUUCAAAAAUCCACGAAUCUUCAUCUGGUCGACAUUUGGAACGUGAUCGAAGCAUUCCGAGAGAAUGGUCUGAAUACGCUGGAACCCCAGAACGAGGUUAGCGUGAGCCGGCUGGAGACGCUAGUGUCCUCGCUGUACCACAAUCUAAACAAACGUCUUCCCCCAACGCAACAAGUUCCUGUCGAUUCCAAAGCUAGUCUACUGUUGAAUUGGCUACUGGCAGCCUACGCCGGAGACAAUUCCGGCAAGAUUCGUGUGUUUUCGAUCAAGGUUGCCCUCGCCAUCAUGUGUGCCGGAAAGAUGGUCGACAAGCUUAGAUACAUUUUCUCACAAAUCUCCGACGGUGCCGGUCAGCUGAUCCACUGGAAGCUCGGAGAUUUUCUCCGAGAGGUACUAUCCCUCCCAGCGGCAGUCUUCGAAUCACCUACAUUCCACUACAAGGAAGGUCUGGAAAGUGAAAUCUUUCCCGUGGAGAACAAAAUCACCGUAAAUGAUUUUAUGGCCGCCUUCAUGUCCGAACCGGGUCCGGCCUGUCUGGUGUGGCUCGCACUACUUCACCGAUUGGCCACGGUCGAAACCGUAGUACAUCCAACAAUCUGUUCCGUCUGUCUGAGGGAAAAUUUCACCGGAUUUCGCUACCGGUGUCAACGAUGCCAUGCCUAUCAACUCUGCCAGGAUUGCUUCUGGCAAGGACGGGUAUCGCUAAACCACCAAAACGACCACGAAGUGAAGGAAUACUCCAGCUAUAAAAGUCCUAGCAAACAGAUUGGUCACUCAUUGCGCAAAAGUUUCCGGUGCGUUCCGGAGAAACCUAAUCAAGUGCUGCCACGGUUUCCGGACAUGCCGGAAAAGACGCUGAACUUGUCACACAUCGUGCCACCUUCGCCCCUGCCGUCGCAUAAUGGCUUCAACGAUGGACCGAUGAUCCCCGGAAUGUACGAUCGGAGUAGUACGUUGGAUUCCAGGGGCACCGGGCUAUCGCUGGAUAGUAACGGUACAUCUACGCGAGGAGCAGCCAUCUCGAACGACGAAGAACACAGGCUAAUCGCCCGGUACGCCGCAAGGUUGGCUCAGGAAAGUCGAACGCCCGGCAGCUCCGCACCCGAUCCCGUCCAGAUCGGGCUAGACAGCUCCCGAGCCCAGCGAGAACUGAUCCUGCAGCUCGAGUCGAAAAACAAAGAAAUUAUGCGUGAAAUCCAAAAACUUCGCCGCCAGCAGGAAGCCGAACAGGUGGCACCCGAGAGUCCGGCUCUGAUGAGUGAACUGCGCGCCCUGCGGCAACGGAAGGGCGAACUCGAGGGUCACCUGGGUGCGCUGCAGGACUCGCGCCGGCAGCUGAUGGCACAGCUCGAGGGACUGAUGCGGAUGCUGAAGAACCACCAGACGCAGAGUCCCCGCUCCACGCCGAACUCUAGUCCGCGGUCGGGGAAAAGUCCGCCGCUACCGCAGGGUCCCCAAAUGCCGAGCCAAUCUCGAGGACCAUCGCACCAAAAUAUACCACCUCAUAUACAGCAUAGUUUGAUGCAACAACAGCAUCAGCAGCAGCAACAACAACUCAUGCUAAACAGUCAUCACCAACAGGAAGCGUCCAAUGGAAUGGGGCAACCUCACCCGUUGGAUAUGCGAGGCUACGCCCCCAACGGAAACAAUAAUGGAUCAAAUAACCUGGCCAGAGCUCCGGCAGGAGGCUCCGGGCGGAACGAUUUGCACUACGCUGCCGAUUCCGUUUCGUCGGCAAUGUCGUCGCUAGUGCGUGAACUGAAUUCAGAAGGAUCGGACGAAGAGUACGACAUGCAUUACCAUGUCAGACAUCAGCUAGAUUUCGAUGAGAUGCAAAUGGCCAGCCAUGAAUGGAGUGACAAGGACAACGCCCAGUGGCAGGAACAGUUCGCCCAGUGGAGUCUCAACCCGCACAAUCAGUAAACGCGAAACCGAUUUCCAUGCGGUAUAGGAACUAAUUCGCUGUAUAGCUUUGAAAGCGGAAGAAAAAUAAUAAACAAAAUAGUCUAUGAAGGGGUACCCCUUGCCCAAUUUUCCCUAGCGAAUAACUUUUUGAAAUCUUGAAAAAAACAAUUCAUACAUCUAGAAAAUUACUUGCUUAUCAUAUCAUUACCAAAACAAAAAUACAAAUUCAUAACUAAUCGUUAGCGGAUUGCAAGGACAGUUAUUCACGUGCAGAAAUUGGCUCGGAAAGUAUCUGAAAGAACUUUUCGGGGCAAGUUCAUUAUCUUUUAGGUGAAGCAAUGUUUAUUUUUAAAACUGCGUUUGAACCAGUAGUAGUUGUUCGGAUUCGUCCAACUGUAGGACGAAUGAAAUCAAACUGUUCGUUGUGAUCUCUAAGUUAACUGCAAAUAAUUACCUAUGCCUAUUAAAAUCUAGCCUAGAGAAACAAUUCCAUUCCAGUUGUAUAGGGGACGGUGACUUAAGUAUUGUUUGCGUGCUGCUUAGUAUCUCGAAAAAAAGUUUUUUUUAUUGUUUAUCAGGCGAAUGACCUAUAAGGUUAGUGCCAACGUAGAAUAAAAAAUAAAUAUCGUUUAUUGGAUGCUUUUUCUAUACGUAAUAGCAUAUUUAUUUGAAUAAUUUACUUGGGAUUCUUAGUUGCUUCGUUUAGGUUUAUAAAAUCAAAUAAAGAAUUUAUUUUAUGUAGUAGUAUUUGUUUUGUUUUUUUAUUCUUCAUGCAACGCUUAGCAGUUACAAAAGUAGAUUAUGCUCCUUAAACGCACAUAUGUACAAAAUACUUCAGUAAUACAAAUCUCUUAAAUAAGUUAACUUAAUAGAUAAAUAAUGUUUUAACAAAAAUAAUUCCAUCGCUAUAAUUCGUAUACUAAUUUCCUCACCCAUAAAGCGAAACGAUUCUCGUGUGUAAUGCCAGUUUUUAGCGAAAAUUUUAACUCGCUCGUGAAAUUUAUAAUCUAGCCCAAUAAAACGGACACCAGUUUAGAGUUAAAUUCUCUACUUCGUGGAUACCUGACAUGAAUACUCCAGUGGCAGACCGGGCGAAAGUUAUCCCGCUCAGAUAAGAAAUUAGCAAAGAUGUCAUCUUGAACAUGUUAGUUUAUUGGUGCCAUUUUGCCCAUUCAUUUCUUUGUCAAUCUCUUACAUCAAGAGGAUAACAAAUCAAAGCUACUAACGAAAAUCAACGUCCAAAAAUCGAUCCAAGCAAAUCGAGACUAGUGAAGUUCCCAUGAUUGAUGUGUUCGAGAGCGGUUCAACACCUUAACCUUUUAGACAGAAAAUGUUUUUGACUAAACAAAAAUAACAACUAAAUUAAUUAUUCAGAUCAUGUAGAUCGAUUGUUUUUAUUUCUGUCUGAAAUACAGAGAAAUGGUAUUCAACAAAACAAAUAAAACAAAAAUGUAGUCUACUCGAAUAAACAAAUCGAUAGCAUUCGUGAAUGUGUAGGCUAGGGACAACAAUUAACUUGCAAAAAGUAACAGUAGUAGAUCGUUGGCAUACUUAUUGGUUGAAAAUCUCGGACUCAAACGUCAUGAUGAAACAAUAUGAAAUUUAACGCUCAAAUCAGAAAUAGGAGAAAAUAUACGUGCAUUCGUAAAUUUACUUUAUGAACACUGGUAAUUAUUGGCACUGUUAAACAUUUCCAAAAAAAAACAACACGUGGUUUUGGAUUGGACACUUACCUGAAGCCACUGCGAGACUCAAUUAGGGCGUUGAAGGGAAGUACAUAUAAGUAUUUGUGACGAAGCAACAAUGAUACUAGUAUUUGGUCAGGUGCAGUUAGUUGUUAAUAUACAUACUAAACAAACAAAUAUACCGAAAGAGCAUGUAUUCACGACACAGAAAACUCGAUCGAGGGAAUAAAGUAUGAAACAAAUAAAUAAAUUAAAUAACCAAAUCAUAUUGAAA